AUGAGUGUGUGCUCCUCCGAGGGGAAGAAGCAAAUCGAUUUCCUUCCUCCUGAUGCCUUCCCCCUGCUGCCCCCCGGAGGCAGCGGCGAGGGCAGCGCUGAUUCCUUUCUCCCCUUGGGGCAGCAGGAUUCGGAGUCGCUGGACGGCUGCAUUCAGAGCACGUUAUCAGCUCUCUACCCUCCCUUCGAGGCCACGGCAGCCACGGUGCUGUGCCAAGUUUUCGACGUGGUGGAGAAGACCUACCGAGGGGAUGGACUGCGCUACCUCAUCGACUUCCUGAUUCCAGCCAAGCACAUCCUGCAGUGCAUUCAGCAGGAUGCCUGUGUGCAGUACUGUGGUUUGCUGUUCCGCCACCAGGGCUGGCCCCUCUGCGUCCACGAGAAGGUCGUAGUCCAGCUGGCUUCCAUCGACUGGCGCAUCCUGCAGCCUGGGGACUUCUACCUGCAGGUUGUCCCUUACCUGAAGAAGUCCCCACGGAUUGUCCUGAAAUGCCUGGCAAAGGACAAGCAUAACGUGGAGGAAGUGGUGAUCCCAGAAGUUUCCUACACCUCUAUCUUCACCCUGGAAUGGUUGAGAGCUUUCAAUGGCGAGCGGAUGGGUAUAGCACUGGAAAACUGUUUGCUGACCACUGAUGAGAAGAUCUUUCGGGUCCCCUGGGACAGAGUGAUCCACCCUGAGUUCAUCAACAAGCCCAAAGGUGUUGCAAACGACGUCAUCUCUCCACAGGUACCAGAGGAAGCCUCCUUUUUGUGCCUCCCCAUGGACCAUGCUGAGUGUGGCUCUGCGGAAUUAGGCUCUGGGGGCCUGCUGGAAGAAAGGUCAAGUGAAGGCAGCCUCACAGCAACCUCACAGUUCAGUGAAGCUCUUCUCAAUGGUGGCUCUCCAAGUUGUGUGCCUCAAGAGGACUUGAAAAGUGACCUGGAAGGGGAAUAUGUUGAGCUGACUGAAAUUUCCCUGCCCAGGUUUGGUCCUCAAAGGGGCUCCUUGACCCAGUCGCUGCCUUUAAGUUACCUAACCCAGCCCCGAGCACGAGUGGAUGCAUCUCCAGGCAAGCACAGGUUCACUGUCACUCAGGACAGAACCUGCCCCAAGAACCUGACUCACUCAGCACUGAUGCAGAAAGAGCUCUGUCAGGUGGACACUCUCAGGACUUCUUCCCAGCAAGUUCUCCAAAAUGUAGUUCCCUUGGAAAGCAGCAAAAUGAUGGCGCAUGGAGAGCUGGCACCAGAAGGUCAGCUGGUGCCAGGUGCUGCUGAAGACGUGGGCAGUAGCCUCCUUGUGGGUAGAUCUCCUGCCUGCAGGGCAGGAGGUCCACCUGCAGAGCAGGAGAGCUGCAGUGAACCCUCCACUGACUGGCAAUAUGCCCUGUGCAGCUGCGGCGAUGGGUGUGCUGGAGGUGCCCUCAGCUGCAAAGCACCAAUGUCUGGAGCUCCUGGAAGUGUGGGAGGAGAAAGUGAUGGUCCUGGUGCAAGCCUUGCUGAUGAAACAGCAGAGCAGGGCUCAGAAACAAUUCUUGCUGCUGCUGCUGCAGAGGAGGUGAUGCUGAAGGGCUGUGGAGAACCACUGCCCAAGGGGCAGGACGAGGAUGCGCAGAGGGACAUCUCUCCUGGCUCUGUCCUUGGGCCUUCAGGAGCACAGUCCAUGCUGGAGGAAGGUUCUGAUAUUCCUUGCCAGAGUGUCAGUGAUGAUGUCCCACCAGUCCAGGCCUCUGUGCCACUUACCUCUCCUGAAAGCUCAGCUGGAGGGGUGGAGAAAAGGUCCUCUCCUUCAGGGAACACAGUGGCUGUGGCAGCAGCCAGCGCUUGCUGCAGUCAGCGGGAAGCAAAUCUUAGUUCUCCCUUAAAUCCACCAGAGCAGAACCAAGGAGAAGUAGCUGAGGUGGUGCUGGGAAGAAGGGACAGUGCUAAGGAAGUGAAAGAGACUAAGGCAAUGCUGAGUGUAAAUGAGAGGCAAGCUGGGCACAGUCCCCCUUGUGUCAAAGCACCUGCAGAUGGGCUUGUGCCAGAAGGUGAAGGGCAAGAGAUCUCUGCCUGUCAGCAUAAGCCAGCUGAAGAAGCCCUGCUGGGCCCAAGUGCUCCAUCAGCAGAGGGUGAUCAGGCAGCAGAACAAUUCAGCAGCAGUGACUCUUUGGGCCCUGAUGCACUUGCAGAAGGCUCCAGUCCAUCUGGAGGCCAGAAGUGUGGAGAGGGGUGUGAGGAACCACAAAGGCAGGUGGAAAAGCAGGGCUGUACAUGCAAAGAGAACCCUGUGCUGAGCCCUGCUGCAGUACAGGAGUUGCAGGGAGGGGAGGAGAGCCAAGGAAGCUUUUCCUACUGGGAAAGGUCAAAGCCUGUAGCCUUAAAAACACUGGAAUCCAUUGAAGAGGAACUGGAAGUUGGCUCACUGUCCUCAGGACCUGCAGAGAGGCACAUGGAGCCCAUCGCUCUGCACCCCCACCAGGAGGCAGCUUCUGGGGCUUCAGCUCCUAAAGGGAUGGUGUCGGAAGGGGCAGAAGCGUUAGAAGGAGCAACUGGCGCAGAGGUGUUGAAGGCGGUGAGUAAAGGCAGUGCCCCGGAGGAAACCUCCCCAGCUGCUACUCCUCCGACGUCCCCAGUGCCCAGCUUUGCCUGGGGUGGUCGCUGUGGCCCUGCCGUUGCCAAGGAUAUCAACCCCGAAGUGCUCCGCAGCGGAGUCGCCUGUCUGCCUGGCACCAGAGAUAAAUCAGGACGUGCAGUGGCCAUCAUAACAACCAGGAGCACAGCCUGGCUCAACCCCCACUGCAACACCACCCAGCUGGUGAGACUGCUUCUGUACCUGCACAGCAUCCCAAGAGCAGAAUGUCAGGCCCUGGGUCUGACAGUCCUCGUGGAUGCUCGGCGCUGCUCACCGGUUCCUGCUCUCUUCAAGGCCUUCAGCAUACUGCAGGACUUGGACCCUCAGUGUAUCCAUGGGGUGCUGGUGCUGGUGGAGAGAGAUGUGACUUUUCGGAUGGAGAAGACACCUGCAGGACAGUUUGAGCUGCUCACCUCCAUGAAAUCCCUCCACAAGCACAUAGACAGCUCCCAGCUGCCUCUGGAGCUGGAUGGGACCUUCCCUUACUGCCACCGAGACUGGCUGAGCUUCCGUGUGAAGCUGGAACAUCUGCUGCAGGGGUGCCAGGGUGCCUGUGCCUUCCUGCAGGGAGCCAUUCAGAAGGUGGAGGCUGGCAAACUACCAGCCAGAGCUGAGGAGGCAGCUGUGCUGCUGAGCAGCUACAGGCAGCUGAUGAAGAACGUUCUGGAGGACUCAAGGCUGGUGAGGCUGCAGCUGGAGGGGGGAGCACUCCUAGCCAGGCUGAGGAAGGAGGAGUCUUGUGUCACCCUCACCCAGGACUACAGAGAUGCCCUGGAUGCUGCCAGCCUGCUGUACAACCGCGUGGACGAGGGCGUGCACCGCCUGGUGAUGCUGUCCAACAGGCGCCUGCAGGAGCUGGAGCUGCUCAUGGACUUCGAGAAGGUGGAAGAGUGUCUGAAGGAGGUCAGCAGUUGGAUUGAGAAUGUUGGCAGAAGAAGGCUGAGGGAAACCUGCCACCUGGAUGAUUCUCUGGAGGUGCUGCUCCAAACACAGAAGCACUUCAGGGAGUUUGAUCUUGUUGCCAGUGAGUACUGCAGAAGAGGGCAGGAAGCCCUGAAGAAGAUGGAUCGCUGGGAAGACUUCUCCUCUGUGGAUGUGGACUCUUACAGGAGCAAGCUGCAGGCCCCCAGAGAUCAGCUGGAGGAGUUCUGCACUCAGCUGGAUGAGCACAGGCACCGAAUCUGUGAGACUGUCAGGCUCUAUGAGUUCUUUGACAAGGCCUACGAGUGGGCGCUGGAAGGGAUGCGGCACCUGGCAGGCGUCAGCAUGGAGGAGUGCAGCUCUGCCCAGCACUGCGCCGCUGCCCUGCGCUGCCUGGAGAGCUACAAGGGGCAGCACCCCGACAUCAGCGCCGCCCGCUUCCAGGAGAUGAAGGAGCUGGCCUGCGAGCUCAAGAGCGACAGAGGGCUCAAGCAGUGGAAGUUCGCCUGGUCCAAGUGCCAGGAGACCAAGCUGGUGUUUGAGAAGAAGCUGGAAGCGGCCCUGAGGACCAGGAGGUCGCUGCCGGCCGAGCGCAGAGCGGCGCCGGGGGAGCAGCCCGGGGCUGCCGCCCAGCCCAGCGGCCCGGCCCAGCGCAGGCACUCGGAAGGGGCCAGCCCUGGCUCCUCCUGGGACAGGACUUCCAGCGCUGGAGCAUCGUCCCCCUGCUGCUCUCCGGGGUGGGCAAAGGAGAGAGCUGCCUCCUCCUCCCUCAGCUGCCCCGGGGAGGAAUCCUCCUGCCAAGCCGCGCUGGGUUCUGAUCCUCACUCCGGCAGGGUCCCUUUUGCCAGCGAAGCCUCCAAGUCUCCGAAGCUGCCUGAAGAGAAGCCGAGCCUGGAGAACAUCCUCGAGAGCCUGGAGAUGAAGCCAUCCUGCGUGUCCCCCCCGGCCCCUGGCAAGCUGCCUGCCAGGAGGAUGCUGCGCAAGGCGCAGAGCUUCGACCUGCCCUGCGGCGAGAGCCUGUGGUCGGGCUGCCAGAGGGCGCUGAGCGAGCCGGCCAGGUACGGCAACACCGGAGUCUUCAUCAGGGGGCUGGAGGUGAGCAGCACCGAGCUGCUGGACAGGACCUUCGCCCUGCGGCAGCCCGCGGCUCACAGCUGGGCUGCCGACUGCCUGCUGGAGGGCCAGAGAGGCUGCAGCGCCGCCGCCGCCGAAGCCAAAAGCUGGGGCAGCAAGCUGCGGCACAUCAUCGACGAGAUGGUGAGCACGGAGCGGGAGUACGUCCGCUCCCUCUGCUACAUCAUCGACAGCUACUUCCCCGAGCUGGAGCGGCCGGACCUGCCGCAGGACCUGCGCGGCAAGCGCAGCGUCAUCUUCGGCAACCUGGAGAAGCUCUACGACUUCCACAGCCAAUUCUUCCUGCGGGAGCUGGAGAGCUGCUGCAACCACCCCCUGCGCGUCAGCCACUGCUUCCUGCGCCACAAGGACCAGUUUGGGCUGUAUGCUCUGUACAGCAAGAACAAGCCCAAGUCGGACGCGCUGCUGGCCAGCCAUGGGAACAGCUUCUUCAAGUUCAAGCAGGUGCAGCUGGGGGAUAAGAUGGACCUGGCCUCCUACCUGCUGAAACCCAUCCAGAGGAUGAGCAAAUAUGCCCUGCUGCUGAAGGACCUCAUCAAGGAGUGCAGCGAGGCUCAGGAGCAGGAGCUGAGCUACCUGCGGGCGGCCGAGGAGAUGGUCAAGUUCCAGCUCCGCCACGGCAACGACCUGCUGGCCAUGGACGCCAUCCGCGACUGCGAUGUGAACCUGAAGGAGCAGGGGCAGCUGGUGAGGCAGGACGAGUUCACCAUCUGGCUGGGCAGGAGGAAGUGCCAGAGACAUGUCUUCCUCUUUGAGGACCUGAUCCUCUUCAGCAAGCCCAAGAGGAUCGAGGGUGGCUUUGAUGUCUACAUCUACAAGAGAUCCAUCAAGACGGCAGACGUGGGGCUGACGGAGAGCUGCGGCGACAGCGGUCUGCGCUUCGAGAUCUGGUUCCGGCGGCGCAAGUCCAGCGACACCUACGUCCUGCAGGCCAGCUCGGCUGACACCAAGCAAGCCUGGACCAGCGACAUCGCCAGGAUCCUGUGGCAGCAGGCAGCCCGCAACAAAGAAAUCCGCAUGCAGGAGAUGGUCUCCAUGGGGGUGGGCAACAAACCCUUCCUGGACAUCAAACCCAGCGAGGCAGCCAUCAACGACCGUGCUAUCGACUACAUCAUGAAGGGCAGAGGCGCCAGGACCAGAGCCUCCAUCGCCGUGUCCCUCUUCGACCAUUCCAACCCCUACAAGAGGACGCAGGCGCAGCUCUCCGCCGGCAGCAGCCCUGCUGCUUACAGCCCUUCCUCCUCCUCUUCCUCCUCCUCCUCCUUGCUGGGACCUCUCAACCUCCACAUGUACCUGGACCAGGCUCUGCUGCCAGGCGUCCUGGCUCCCGCCCGCCCCUUCGACCUCGGCGCCUGCAUCGAGGAAGAUGAGCUGGAGCAUGAGACCAGCAGCCAGCCCUCGCUGACCACCGAGAGCUCCGAGUCCUCUCACUGCCUGUCGGGCAGCGGCUCCAGCGGCUCCGACAGCGGCUGCGUCUCCAGCAUCCCUCAAGAGAGCUUCUGCGAGGACCUGAGCUCUCCCACCCUACACCCCGCUGGGCUCCCAGCGCCGCUCUGGCGGGGAGGAGAAGCCCAGGUUCGGCGGCCGGCAGCAGCCAGUACAUCUCUGCAGUGUGAGAGCCAUUUCAAACCCACUCCCCCCACCCCCCCCCACGAAGACCCCAAGGCCUCUGACCAGCAGGAGGGGAGAAGCUUCACCACGAGGAGAAAGUCUUUCACACAUAAGCAAGCUCUUGCAGAGGGCCUCUGGCUGUUGAGGUUGGGGUUUGGGGGGGGGUGGGGAGAGCCCCAGGGAAGGCUCCUGUUGGCCACAUGUAAUAGCUUCGGGUGUUGGAUGGGACCUUAGAGGCAGCCAAAAUUCCUUAGCUUAAUAUUUAUGAGUUAAUAAAUAACAUAGAGGCUUGGAGAAAAAGCCAACCCCAAACCCUCCCCCCCCUAUGGUUUGGACCUCUCUGGAGCUGUACAGAUGUUUUUUGUUGUUGUUCUGAGUGUCUCUGGUCCUGCUUUGUUCUCAGAGCUGUUUGUGGAAGGGCUUGAAGAGACCCUUGGGGUAUUUAAGAGAAGUUAGGGUUGAUGUUUCAGGGUUUGUCUUCUCCUGGAGCUGGAGGUUAGGAUCCUUCCAGCUGGAACUUCAGCCUCCUUCCAGCUGGAGGUUAGGAUCCUUCCAGCUGGAGGUUCAGGAUCCUUCCAGCUGGAGGUUAGGAUCCUUCCAGGUGGAACUUCAGCCUCCUUCCAGCUGGAGGUUCAGGAUGCUUCCAGCUGGAGGUUCAGGAUCCUUCCAGCUGGAGGUUAGGAUCCUUCCAGUUGAGGUUUAGCCUCCUUCAGCUGGAACUUCAUCCUCCUUCCAGCUGGAACUUCAUCCUCCUUCCAGCUGGAAGUUCAUCCUCCUUCCAGCUGGAGGCUCAGCCUCCCCCCAGCUGGAGGCUCAGCCUCUCCCCUGCCCUCUGAAGCUGGCUAUGAUAGCAAUAAUUUAUUCUCCUGGCUUAACACUUCUGGUUUAAUAAAAGCAGUUUCAUUGCUAGGUUGAAUUCUUUCCUUCAGGUGAUUCCUCCAAGUGCCUCAGGGCUGAGCUUAAGCUCUGGCUCUGACCCUCCCUCCCCCUGCCAGCUCUGACUCUCUCCCUGUGCAAUUCCUGCAGCUAAUUCCUCUGGAGAGGGGGAGGAAGCCAGGAGGAGCUUCUGGGCUUCUUCCCCUGCUGGGAAGGCAGAGCUGGAGCAGGGAGUCUGGAGCAGCCAGCAGAGAGCCCUUGCUAGGAGCUGCCCUGCCACAGGGCUCUGGCUCUGCUUGGAGCUGCUGCCUUGUGUCACUCUGGGGCUCAGCCUCCAGCUGCAUGGGGGACCAAGGUCAGGCUGCAGCAUGGGCCUGGUGGCAGCAGCCAGGCCCUUCCCCUCCCAGCUUUUGGGCUGGCAGGGCUGGCUGCUUGCUUCACCUCUUCAGGUACUUCACUCUUAACCCUUGUGGCUUGUUUGAGGAGCUGGGGGGGGUGGGGUGGUGGUGGCAGCAUCUGUGCCCAGCAUGUUUGGAGCAGUGGGCAGCAGUGGCACAGUGGGAAGUGGAGCACAGAGGUGCCCAGGUGCCCAUUCAGUGCCAUCAGAGCUCCUACUGUGGCCAUGGCUCCACAUCCCUCUCCUGGGAGGAGAUGGAAAAUCAGCACUUUGGGGGAGCCAGAGCUCCCUGCUGCCAAGCCCCCUGGGUUGCUGCUGCUCCCUGCUGUGCCCAUCCCCCCCCUCCCUGAGCUCUGAGCUGUGAGUGCAGCGCUGCCUCCUUUGGCUGAGGAAGAAGAUGGAGCAGGAAUCUCCUCAGCUGCACUUUCCCCUGCUCCUGGCAGAGCUCUGCUGUGACCUGGCCUUUGGCCAAGCUCACAGCCACCCUGAGCUGCCUUUCCCUGCCCACCUCGGAGGUGUUCUGGUUGCCUUUGCUGCCCUGGGGAGUCCUUUUUAGCACCUCCCUCUCUUUGCAGGGCAGCAGAAAGCAGUUAGCACCUCUCAACCCAACCACACAGGCACCAGUGGCACAGGGAGAGGUGGAGGUGGCACAGGCUUAAUGCCAGCUGUCAGUGCCCACAAGGGCUAGAAAGAGACUUAACUCAUGCCACAAGAGGACCAGGAAGCAAUCCUGGAGCUCUCAGUUUCCAAAGGUUUCUGCAUUGCUGAAAAAAAAAGACCUCAACUGUUGAGUCCUGUUUACCUUGCCACUGUGGUUUUUGUUUUCAAGGUUUGAUGGAGUUGUCUAAUAAAAGUUAUUUUCUUUACAUGAA